GUUGCGGAGGCUAUUUACACACAGGCAGGGGUGUGAUAACAUCCCCCAACUACCCUGAAGACUAUGCUCCUAAUCUGAAUUGUUCCUGGCAUGUAGUGGUAACUUCUGGAUUUAUCAUUGCUGUUCAUUUUGAACAGCCUUUCCAGGUUAAGAGUGAGGAUACUUCCUGCAGCCUUGGAGAUUAUGUAGAGCUGAAGAAUGGGUUAGAUAAUGCUGCCCCACCUUUAGUGUCCGGAAGAGGGAAUGGACGGUUUUGUGGAAGCAGCCCCAUCUCUACCAUGUACACCACAGACAAUCAGUUGUUUGUCCACUUCAUUUCUGAUUGGAAUGAGGGUCAAGGAUUCAAACUGAAAUAUGAGGCUAAGAGUCUAGCUUGUGGAGGGAAUAUUUAUAUCAAUGAUUUCAACCCCAGUGGAUAUACAACUUCCCCCAACUAUCCGAGCAAUUAUCCCCCGCAUGCUGACUGUGUCUGGACCAUAACUGCUCCUAAUGGACAUGCAGUAGAGCUGCAAUUUGAAGAUCAGUUUUACAUUGAACCUUCACCAAAUUGCACUUCCAGUUACCUAGAGGUCCGCAACGGUGCUGACUCCAGUGCCCCUAUCAUUGCCAAGCUGUGUGGAGGUUUGAUGCCAGGCUCGCAGAGAUCGUCAGGACCUGUCAUGUACCUGAGGUUCAGGUCUGACAGCAAUGCCAUGCACGUGGGAUUCAAUGCUAAAUACUCCAUUGCUCCCUGUGGCGGGACAGUGAUAGGACAAACUGGCGUCAUUGAAAGCAUGGGGUAUCCUGAGCUUCAUUAUCAAGACAACCUUCUGUGUGAAUGGUUUCUGCAGGGUCCCAGGGGCCACUAUCUUACCAUCAGACUAGAAGGCCUAGAUAUUCAAAACACCUCCGAGUGCACGAAUGACUUUGUGGAGAUCCGAGAAUACAACGCUUCUGGGAAUUUGUUGGGCAGGUACUGUGGUAAUACUCUCCCUGCUGCUGUGGACACCUCUGACAGUUUUGCUUAUGUCAAGUUUGUCACUGAUGGAUCAGUCAAUGCCCGAGGAUUCAGACUGCGCUUUGAUUCAAGUACUGAAGAAUGUGGUGGGGAAUUUACUGCCCCUGUUGGAACAUUUACUUCGCCCAGCUAUCCCAACCUGUACCCACAUAAUCGAGUGUGUGAAUGGAGGAUCACAGUGGAAGAAGGCCGACGUGUGACUCUAACCUUUAAUGACAUGAAAACUGAAGAGCACUGGAGAUGCUCAUCAGAUUAUGUGGCUGUUUACAAUGGCCUCAGACAGAACUCUCCCCAGCUGGCCAAGCUGUGUGGUGAGGUAAAUCCAGGCACUGAGGUGAAAUCCUCUGGAAACACAAUGAAAGUAAUUUUGGUGACAGAUAUGUCCCAUGCAGACAGAGGCUUCAGUGUUUCAUACACGUCUAGUGAAGAUGCAGUUUGUGGUGGAACUCUUAUGGGAUAUGCAGGUGGGAAUUUCUCUUCUCCUGGUUAUGAUGGUGUCAAAAAUUACACAAGUAACCUGAACUGUGAAUGGACCAUUGAAAACCCCUCCAACUAUAAUUCAUCCAUAUAUAUAUAUUUCGAGGAUUUCCACUUGGAACAUCACCAGGACUGCCAGUAUGACUACCUAGAGUUACGAAUAGGGGAUGCUGAUGGAGAGCUAAUAGCUAGACUUUGUGGUCAGGCUGCACCAUCUGUGCCGCUAGUCAUAGCUGCCCCCCAGAUCUGGGUACACUUCAUAAGCGAUGAAAACACAGAAGAUAAAGGAUUCUUGGCCCAUUACACGUUUGAAGCCUGUGGUGGUAUACAGUCAGGUGAAAGGGGAGUUAUCUCUAGUCCUAACUACCCAGAGCCUUACAGCAACCUGAAUCGCUGCUCCUGGUUGUUGGAAGCCCCUGAAGGUGAAACCAUCACUCUUGCUUUUACAGCUUUCCACGUUGAAAACCAUUCACUUUGUAAGUGGGACUCUGUUACUAUCCUGAAUGGUGGCUCUCCUGGGUCUCCUGUCAUAGGAAAGUAUUGUGGAAACACAUCCCCUGGGACUAUUCGGUCUGGUUCCAGCAAACUAGUUGUCAUCUUUAACUCUGAUCACUCAAUUCAAGGAGGUGGUUUUUAUGCAACAUGGACGGCAGAAUCCCUAGGAUGUGGUGGAAUAAUUCAUUCAGAUAACGGUAUGAUCAAGUCUCCUCAUUGGCCUCAAAACUUUCCCAUGAACACCAGAUGCACAUGGACCAUCAUUACCCAUGAAAGCAAACACUUGGAGAUGAAAUUCCACAGUAACUUCCAGAUUCCAGAUAGAGAUGGAAGCUGCCAAAGCAGUUAUGUGAAGGUGUGGAGAGGAAAUGAUGAAGAGGCAGCAGCUUUGUUAACCACAGGAUGUGGAAGUUCACCUCCUGAUCCUGUUGUUGCUCCAAACAAUGUGAUAACUACAGUAUUUCAGUCUCAGGAUGCUCCUGGGCCAGGUUUCUCUGCAUCUUUCAUAAGCAGAUGCGGAGUAAAUUUCACCAGCCCCGCAGGUCUUAUCGUCUCUCCUAACUACCCUAGUCAGUAUGAUAACAACUUGAACUGCAGUUAUAUCAUAGAUCAGGGACCACAGUCACUGGUGAUCCUAGAGUUUGAGACUUUCCACUUGGAAGCUCCAGCGCUCUUGAGCAGAAUUUGUCUUUAUGAUGGAGUAAGCAUCUUCAGUGGGACGAGGGUUACCCCCCAUCCUCUCAUCACGCUCUGUGGUAAUGAGCUCCCUGCCCCAGUCAGUGUCUUUGGACCUAUGCUGCUCAACUUCUACACCGACUCCCACAUUGCAGGCUUUGGAUUCCAGGCAAGAUACAGAGCAAUUGCUUGUGGUGGCAUUUUCAAUGGCUCUGUUGGUGUUAUUAGCAGUCCAGCCCAUUCAGUUCUUGAUUAUCACAACAACAUGAACUGCUCAUACUACAUCACAGUCGGAAAUGGCAAAGUAGUGGCCCUCAAAUUCAACAGCUUCCAGCUUGAAAUAUCUCCCUCCUGCUACAAAGACUAUGUGGCUGUAUAUGAUGGCUCAGACACCCAUGCGCCUCUCCUCGGGAAAUUCUGUGGUUCAGAACUGCCUCCAAAUAUUAAGAGCUCCAGUAAUAACUUGUUCCUAGUGUUUAACACUGACUUCUUUGGAGCAGACAGGGGAUGGAAAGCAUCUUUCAGGGAGACCUUAGGACCUCACAAUGGCUGUGGUGGUUACUUGACAAAUUCAUCUUAUACCUUUGGCUCUCCAGUCUCCAAUGUGACCAGAAGAUAUGAGAAAAAUCUGGACUGUGUAUGGAUCAUAACUGCACCUGUAAACAAAGUGAUCAACCUCACCUUCACUUCAUUCAUGCUUGAAGCACAGUCUGCUCAGACUUGCCGAUAUGAUUAUGUCAAACUUUAUGAUGGAGAUAAUGACAACGCCAAUUUAGCUGGCACAUUCUGUGGAUCUACAGUGCCGGCUCCUUUUCUUUCCACACGUAAUUCCUUGACCGUGAAAUUUAUCACAGACAAUUCUGUGGAAAGGGAGGGUUUCAAUGCUACCUACACCACAGUUGAUCGACUGUGUGGAGGAAUAUAUAAUGCAACUUCUACAUCCCUGACUGCAACAUCUCCUAACUUCCCCAAUGAAUAUCCACCAUUUACUUUCUGUACUUGGGUCAUUGAUGCCCCUCCACAACAGCAAGUCAGGGUGGUGGUAGAGGCCUUCCACCUCCAUUCUGGCCAGGACUGCUCUCAGAACUACCUAGAGCUCCAGGAUUCACCAACACACAGCCAAGGAUCAGUCCAUAGAUUCUGUGGCACUGAAACUUUUCCAGUCCCUGAAUUUUAUUCUCAUGAUCGCACUGCCAUUGUGACUUUCAAAUCAGAUGAAUAUAUGUUUAAUAACGGAGUCAGAUUUACCUACCAAGCUACAGGUUGCAGCAGAGAGUAUAACCAGCCAUUUGGUUACCUGAGGAGCCCUGGCUGGCCUGGUCGUCACCCCAAUAAUAUGAACUGCUCUAUCGUUCUACGAGCUCCCCUGAAUCACACAAUUUCUCUUUUUUUCCAUGCUUUCAAUUUGGAAGACAGCAUCCAGUGUUCACGGGAUUUCCUAGAGGUCAGAAAUGGGAGUGAUGUGCAAUCACCACUACUUGGCAGGUUCUGUGGAAACACUCUGCCUAGUCCCAUCUUCCCCAGAAAUCAUGUUGUGUACCUUCGUUUCAAGAGUGAUUUUUCAGGGGCUCAUGAUGGAUAUGAAAUUACUUGGACUUCAUCAUCAAGUGGAUGCGGAGGAACACUAUACGGCAGCACUGGCUCAUUUGCUAGUCCCAGCUACCCAGCUACUUACCACAACAACACCGAUUGUGAGUGGGCCAUUACUGUGCCCAAGGGACGAACUGUCACAGUGAACUUUGAUUUCAUCAGCAUCGAUGACCCAGGAGACUGCAGUAGCAACUAUCUGAUCCUUUACAACGGGCCAGAUGCCAGCUAUCCCCCAGCCGGGCCAUACUGUGGCAUGGAUACAAACAUCGCUCCAUUUACUGCUACAUCUCAUCAAGUCUAUAUAAAAUUUCAUGCUGAAUAUGUGACUUUACCAUCAGGAUUCCAGUUAAGCUGGACGAGCUAGAACACUGUUUAUGAGAACUAUAUUACCACUCCUUGCUAUACUGAAGAGACUUUAGAUCAUAAAGUAAGUUCAAAAUCCGGUUAUAAUAAUUGCAUCUGAAGUAAGGCCUUUUAAAAAUCACUGUAAGCGCAGAUGUUAUGAAUUUAGAGUUCUGACAAAAAAAUGUGAUCUCCAUUUGUACUGAAAAUAAACU